AUGGCGGUGACAUUAACUACGGAACAAUUUCAAGAAUUAUUGAGUCGAAUACCAGCGCAAUCAAAGUUAAAUAAAAAUUUCACUCGCUGCAACUUAAUCUAUGGUGGUGAACGCGACUAUAACAAAGUGGAUGCAUUUGUUACGGGUGUCACAAUAUAUAAGCAAAUUGAGGGUAUAUCAGACGAAGAUGCUUUAGCCGGCCUACCGCUAUUAUUAAAAGAUAACGCAAGUACGUGGUGGACUGGUAUAAAUUCCGAAAUUAAAACCUGGUCUGCUGCACUAAAUGCCAUUCGCUCUGCAUUUGCUCCAAAGUUACAAGCAUACGAAGUAUACAUACAGUUGUUUAGUGAUAACCAGGGUGAAAGUGAGCCGAUUGACACGUUCCUCUGCAGAAAACGAGCACUACUAGGAAUGUUGCCUGCAAAACGCCAUAAGGAGGAGGAGCAGGUAGACUUUGUAUAUGGGCUAUUAAAAAUGGAAUUUAAACGAAAGGUUGCCCGAACCGAAAUUAAAUCUUUUUCGGAUCUAAUUGAAAAAGCGCGUCACCUCGAAGCACUCGAAAGGGCGGAGAAGCAACCAACGAAAGCCGACACAACCGAAGUUCCUAAAAAGAAUAUUGAGAGGUGCCUGUAUUGUCGUCGCAAGGGGCAUACUAUUGAAGUUUGUAGACUCCGGUUGCGCCAAGAGCAACCAAAGGCCGACCAAACGCCACCAGCGUCAGCAAGCGGCGUCAUCACCAAGAGCCCAAUUAAAUGUUACGGAUGUGGGGCACCCGGCGUGAUCCGAAGCAACUGCGAGGUAUGCAAGGCGAAGGAAAGCCCGUCUAAACCAGUUAAGUUUUACCUGUUCGGUCCCACACUGCAAAGCAUAGCAAAGGUGCCUACGAUCGAGAUAAUAUUCAACAAGCAACUAGGUCACGCUUACAUUGAUACAGGGGCACUAUCGAGUGUGGCAGGGAAAAAGCUUCAUCAUCUUAUGAUCAACGCUGGGAUAAAAGGGACGCCAUUUAAAUCCCUUAUAACCCUGGCUGAUGGGUCAAAGAAAUCGACGGAACUACUGACGGUCGCAGUUAACAUUAAAAUGGGGCAUAAGACACUGCCAAUACAAUUUACUGUGUUCCCGGAUGCCGACACACGCACACUCCUGGGAAUUGAUUUCCUAGAAACCAACGGCGUUGUCCUUGAUCUGGGUCAACGGGUGUGGUAUUACUAUGAUGAGCCAGAGAAAAAAUAUGACUUUCUCCGUGUGCAAAACGAAGACUUGUUGUCAGCAAGGCGGAUUGACUUCGAGGAAUCAGAAGAACCGCUUUCCGAUUUUAUGGCCUGGGCAACUAAUCUAAAGAUGUUGUCCCCAAUACCAAAUACACCAGAUCCAAGCCCGAAGCAAGACAUCGAAGCUCAGGAAUCGAGUCCGGAGAAAGAAAUAGCCCAAGAAUCAACCCCGGGUCAGCAAACCAAGCCUCCUGAGUUGUCAACAUGGAAAUUAAUCAAGAUGGAUUCCCCGCCGCCGCCUGUUCGCCCACGCGAGCCACGGGGGAUUGAAGACAACCUUCCGGAAGAUCCGCGUAUCACUUAUUUACCAAUAAAUCCUAUAAAAUUGUACUCUCUUGAUAUUUCUUUAGAACCUCACGAAGCUACUUACCUAACUAACUCUGAAAAGGAGCAGGUUAAUAAUUUGUUAAAUGAAUUUCAAGAUAUAUUUAAUACUCAAGGAGACCCUACGCCAUUUGCCGAGCAUAAAAUAGAGACAGGUAAUCAUAAACCAAUAGCUCUAAAACCCUAUAGGCUGUCGCCUAUCAGACAAAAACAAUUAAAAGAUAAGUUAGAUGAAAUGCUGAAAAACAACAUUAUAAAAGAAUGCGAAAGCCCCUGGGCAGCCCCAGUAGUAUUGGUACCUAAAGGUGACACAGAUAUCAGAGUAUGCAUAGACUACAGGAAAUUAAAUGCUAUUACGACACCUGAUCGAUACCCCCUGCCUCGUAUGGAUGAUUUACUUCAGCAAGCUAAGGCAAUGCCUUAUAUGACGACAAUUGAUUUACAAUCUGGGUAUUGGCAGAUUAAGAUUGAUGAAAAUGACCAGAACAAAAGUUGCUUCGUAACAGUCUUCGGAACCUUUAUGUUUUUACGCAUGCCUUUCGGGCUACGCAAUGCGCCUAGCACAUUCCAGAGGCUAAUGGAUAAGUUUUGUCGAGAACUUAAAGCAGAAUCAGUAUUCGCGUACCUGGAUGACUUGAUUUGUCGAUCCCCAAACUUUAAGCAACAUCUCGACGAUCUAAGAGAAAUAUUUACAAGGUUAAGAUAUUAUAAGCUUAGAGCUAAUAGAAACAAAUGCAACCUUGCCUGUGCAACUAUAAAAUAUUUAGGUCACUUAAUCACGCCUGAAGGCAUAAAGACCGACCCUGAUAAAACAAAAGCAAUCAGUGAAUUACCAGAACCGAAAAAUCUAAAGCAAUUGAUUUCGUUUCUGCAGACAGCAUCGUGGUAUCGCCGGUUCAUUCGGAAUUUUGCAGAAGUGGCUAGACCCCUUACAAAUCUGACUAGGAAAAACAUAGCAUGGAAAUGGGAAGAACCACAGCAAACUGCAUUCAAUAUGCUAAAGGAAGCAUUAACCACGACACCGGUACUGAAACAACUCGACAGCGACGCACCUUAUAUUAUAAAAACUGACGCCAGUAACUACGCAAUUGGUGCAGCUCUGGUGCAGGGGGAGGGUGAGAAAGAACACCCUAUUGAAUAUGCUAGUAGGCUGCUUACAUCGGCUGAACGCAAUUACACGGUCACAGAGAAGGAAGCCCUUGCAAUUGUGUGGGCAGUGACCAAAUUUAGAGGCUACAUAGAAGGCACCAAGUUCCUGACUAUCACAGAUCAUCAACCGUUAAAGUGGCUAAUGAAUCUAAAGUCACCCACAGGUCGUCUGGCACGAUGGGCCCUACAACUACAGCCCUACGAUUUUGAAACCAAAUAUACCCCAGGAAGGACGAAUGUUGUGGCCGACAGCCUUUCAAGACCGCCUUGUGAAGAACACAUCGAUCCAUGUGAAAUUUGUCGUGUCGAAUUUGACUUGCCAAAAAGGGAGGAACAUAACAUCCGAGACGAACAAAUGAAGGACGAAAAUCUGCGCUCCGUUAUUAAAACCCUUGAAGAAAAUGAAGGUUCAGAAAACAACAUUCAGUCAUUAAAGAGAGGAUACCUCAUGCAUAAUGGAGUACUUUAUCGUUUCACUCCAGAUCAAGAAGAUGACAAUGCCAAAUUGGUCAUACCACAUCAUGAAGUACCCAAUGUUCUCAAACAAUUCCAUGACUCACAAACAAGUGGUCACUACGGAGCAGAAAGGACCACUAAACGAAUAGAGAAGAAUUUCUUUUGGAAAGGACUAAGGAAGGACCAGAUAUUAAGCCCAGUGUAUCACCCGGAGCCUAAUAUAGUGGAAAGGAAAAACAGGGACUUAAAAACACAAAUUGGCAUCAUGGUUAAAGAUAAGCACUAUAGAUGGCCAGAAACAUUACCCACAAUUCGAUUUGCCAUGAACUCAGCAUAUAACCAAACGGACCGGCCGAGCCGAGCGCGCGCGAAGAUCUCCGAGCGGCACGCGGCACUGUAUAAAAAGCGCGGCGCGGCCGCCGAUAUUCAUUCGUUAGCUAGCGGUCUAGCUUGGGAGACGGCCUCUGCUAUCCUCAAGGUGAACCAAUAA